AUGUAUGCAAAAAGGUGUAGAGGCUUCUUGAACGCCGUGCCGAAGCUCCUGCAAAAGGCCGCAUCCCGCAGCAUCUUCAGCUCCAUUGUUGUGAAGACGCUAAGGGGAAAGCCACUGAACAUUGACAUUGUAAGGAGGAGCAACAGAAGGGGGGACAAAUGUGGAGACGAGACAAGAAGUAGUAAAUAUCAUGACCACAAGAAAAAACAACUUCAUGGGAACGAUCCAGUGGAGGAAAGAAACAGAAAGCAAACAAUAACAAAGCUGUGCAAAUUGCUAAGUGAUAAUUUGAAGAAUGGGAAAUAUGAUAUGUACGAGAAAAACCUAAGUUAUGGAUUAUCCGUGGCGGAAAACCCAAUCGAAUUGUCACAACUGAUUAACUCAAUCAGUAAAGGGAGGUACUACAGUAAGGGGGUGAUCCAGAUGUACACAAAACUGGUAGACAAAGCGGCGAAGAUCUUCGAAAAUGUCCCAGUGAUGAGCAUAAGCUUAAUUUUGAAUAGCAUGAUAAAGUUGGAUAUAUACAAUGAGAAGUUUUUGUUCUUAUUUUUCAAAAAUGUGGAGCAUAUCUUGGAGGAAAGUAAUGCGGUGGACUUGACUAUCCUGUUUCAUUUUUACGUGAACGGGAUGGGACGAUUUGGCGGAAGUGCUAAUCCUUACUGUGUUAUGCCACCUCUCGGAGCUGCCUUCCCCGGGGUGCAAACCGAACUCUUGGUAAACUCAUUUUUGAGAAGGCUACACGACGUGGUGCCGUCCUUGCAGAUGCACGGCAUAUCGUCUGUACUGCGAUGUGUUAAGAAGUUGGUGAUGAUGAUGAUGGGAAAGGCGAAUGGGGUAGUACCCAAUGGGGCAGUACCCAAUGGGGUUAUCCGGUUAGACGCUAUGGAGGGUAUUCACCAGGGGAAGAAUCCUGCGUGUGACUUUUCCCCCUACGAUAAAGGAAAUCGGAAUGGUCAUCAAUAUGGUGAAUCCACUUUGGAACUAAUCACACAAAUUAACUCACGUCUGAGAAAUAACUUUUACGAAAAAAUGGGACAAGCGAAUACGCAGCAGCUAUGCAACAUCUUAGAAGACUUGGAAUUUUUUUAUCUCAUCGAUAAUGACUGUUACUAUGACGUAUUGAACCGAUUAAAGGGAUGCUUACAACGAGGGAAGGAACUUAAAGACAUUGACUAUGUGAAUGUCCUAAACACUAUAAAGAGUAGGAACAUAAAGCACAACAAUUUGUUGCCAUUGUCUUAUUUUUCCUUCGUGUUUGACUCACUGAAGGUUGAGGACUUUUCUCAUUUCCAUUAUGACCGUGUUGCCGAGCUAGCCAAAAUAUUAUUUUACUUUAAAAAGGUUUAUCAUGUUAACUUUUGCAUGAACAAGAUAGAAUUAUUUUUGGAUAAGAAUGACACUAACUUGAUAGAAUCCACGUCCACGAUGAUUUAUCUGUUGGAUGAGUUUUGUACAAUUGGUAAAUGCACUGUGGCGGGGGGGUCCUUGAGGGGGAAGUUGUUUUCCUGCGUUGUGCGCCGCGUCUUGGGGGGUGCGGAGGGCACACUGGGAAGUGCUAAGAACCCGCCUGGAGGUUACACCCUAACCCUGGAGGAAUCGCUCCUCCUGACCAAAGCAGCGGAAGGGCUUAUUAGCAUCAAAAAAGAGGAACAACCCAGCAUCUCCGACCAAAUCAGAAGAAGAGACUUCUUCCUAAUCAACUGUGAUGAGAAAGUUUGUGUCCAAUCUGAACACCUGGAUAGGUAUGUCCAAAAUGUCUUGUACAAAAUUUUGCUUCUAGGGAAGAUUCGAUAUAGAGAUACUCCCCUUUUUUUGCACCUGCUAAAGUGGUGCUUGAUCUGCUCACUGCACUUUUCCCUUAAAGACAUUUUACACCUCCUGAGGGGGCUGCACCACUCUCUGUAUUUUUUUACAAAGGAAAAUUAUGUCCUUUUGGAGAAUGUGCUGAAUUAUUUAAGCGCCCUGACAGUGUUGCAGUAUCGGUUGGUGGGAAGGAGGAAGGAAUGUAGCCGCUAUCGGGAAGACAUGGAUAAACUUCUGAAGCGCUCAAACAGUUUGUUCAGCAGUGAAAAGGCUAUGGGGGGGGUGGUUAACCAACUUGGGUGCAGCGAGUGGAACGAGGAGUACAGGAAGAUCGAGCGUGUGAUGGAGAUGAACUGGGCAUACCUGAAUGGCCUCACUUCGAUGGGAAGCGAUGAAGGGAAAAGCGACAAUCGGCCAAGCGACGAAGCAGAUAACGCCUCACACGGGAUUUCUCCCCUAGACGAAGGGGGCAUCCUCUGCAACAAUAGGCGAACAAAAAUAUGCGCAGCGAAUUGCUGCACGCUGUUGUAUUAUUUCCAGAGGUUAAAUUACGUGAACAAGGGGGUCGUUCGAGUCGUACUGUCAAACCUGUAUGAUCAUGUACAUGCAUUGAAGAAUGAGCAGAUUCUGAAGCUGGUGAGGGGACUUAGCAUUAUCCGGAAUGUCGACACGGAGUUCAAUUCGUUCAAUUCAGUGUUUAAAAAGAUUUUACUUCGGUUCGUGUCGUCUCAGAAGGAGGAGGGCGAGAAGGGAGUGGACAGCGCCAAUAGCGCGAAGAGUGCAGAGAUGAAGACAGACGAAACGAUCAAAUUGCUGUACCUAGUGAGCAGGCUCUCCAUAAAUAUAGACAACAGGAAUGCCCUCAUAAGGAAAUAUCUGUUGGUUUUCCUGGAGCGUCAGCUUGGGGAGAACACUCUGGGCGUUCCUCAGCUGGAGCUCCUGAUGAGGAGUUUUAAGAAUAUGUACCCCUACCGGUACGUGUGUUUGAUGGAAUGCUGCUUGCGAGGAGUCAGCCAGGCGCUCCGGGGGGAGCCAUCAAUCGAGGAGCAGGGGGACGGAUCGCGCGAAACAUCGUGCAACCGAUUGAGUGGCGAAUUGAUUGACCAAUCGUGUGGCAAAUCACUUGAAGGAGCUCCGGGGCCCCCCCUGCCGAGGACCCCCUUACCACUGCCCUUCCUGAAGACCUACUUCUCCGUGAUGCCGCUACUAAUAAACCCAGCCACCAACAUCCACUGCAGCGUGAACGACCUGUACCUGUGCACAAGUCUGGAGCUCUUAGAUCAGCUAUACGAGCAGAUCAAAUCGAAUGCAAGACUCAAAGAGGAGUUCAUCCCCGUGCUGGUAACGUUUGUUAAUUUAUCCUUCCGUGACAUUCCCUUUGUGGAAAGGUAUUAUCCCAACUUGAUUAGCGACAUUUUCGAGAUGAAGCAGUUUAUUCCAUCGAACCAGUUUUUCUUCUUUUUGUUGAAUGUGAAGUUUUUUGGGACACCGAACGGUCUCGCCCAGGUGGACGCACUGCUGCACAAGGUUGGCACCGUUUUUGAGGCCCACAUGGGGGAGUCGUUACGAUGGGAAGCGGCAACGUCAGAAAUAAUACGCGCUCCCGCCUCGACGCACGACUUCACCUUUGAUAGGAAGAAGCUCGUCCUGCUCGACACAGAAGAUGAUAACGAGAUGGACAUAAUAUCUCAGGAGUACAAUCAUAUAGAUACAGCGGAGGUGCACGCACGAGGGGAACGAACGACGGAGAGAAGAGGGCCAGAUCGUGCGGAUUGCCACCACCAUGAUGACCUCGUCAAGGAACGCACCAAGCGGAGGAAGGCAGCUCACCUUGAAUUCGAAAUCAUUUUGAAGAAAUAUGCCUACUGCCAAAACAGCCAAAAGGACAAAAUCGAAAUUACGAAGAACGUUAAAAUGUUUUCCUUGGAUGUUAAAUAUGUGGACUUGAAAAAGAGACUUAUUUUUGAAUUUUUGGAGGAGGAGGAUUAUUUUAAAGAAGUUGAUGAUGCGUCGAUCGAGCUUUUACCGUUGGUUUAUUUGCGUUUAUUUUUUUGGAGGAAAUUAAAUUACAACUUAGUGAUUAUGCCCUUUUAUGAGUGGCAUAGGUGUUAUGGCCGCCUUGAGAGGGUUAAGGCCAUUUUUCAGAAGCUGCUAAACGUGGUCCGCGACGCCGAUUCGUACUUGCUCGAGACAGGGAAGUCUCGCGCUUUUGCCUCCGUUGGCCGUUACGAAUGA